AUGCUUCACUCCACCACGACAUCGAAUUCUUGGGACUUUCGCGGCAAGCCGAAGGAGCUCGCAACUCAUUUUCACCCAGAAUUUCAUAGGGAUGAAAUUCAACGCUUUGUCAGAUGUCUGCAUUUGUCGCCCAUCGUGCAAGAGGGUAUGAUAUUCCAUUCUCAAAGGGAAGUUGCCUAA